AUGCCGAACAACGACAGCCACGACGCUCAGUUGCUGCGGCACUAUGCACAAUUUUUUCCAAAUGUGCUCUUUACAUCGGAAGAGGAGAUGGAGAAGUACUGCCAGGAUGCCAGGCCUGAUGCAGUCAAGAAGGUUCUUGACCUUCCGGAGGGGGAAGAGGUACCUGAGGAUGCCAUGAAUGAUCCCCGUGCACAUUUGUACAUUUUGAAACAUAUUGUGGGACGUAACGCAACAACGGCGGCGUUUGUUGCUCUUCGAGGGUCUGAUAAACAAAAGGUAGUAGCAAAGUUUAUCAUGUUGAAUGACGAGAAGCAGGCGGCAUACGCGCGGAGCGAAGUUCAUUGCUUGGCUGCCUGUGAUCACUUUGGAAUUGUCAAGCACUACGAUGACCUGAAAUCUGAAGACAAACUGCUAUUAAUCAUGGAAUACGGAAGUGGUGGUGAUCUCAAUAAGCAAAUCAAGCAGCGCCUUAAGGAGCGGCUGCCAUUUAAGGAGCAUGAAGCUGGUCUUUUAUUCUACCAAAUUGUACUGGCAUUGGACGAGGUGCACAGCAGGAAAAUGAUGCAUCGAGAUUUGAAAAGUGCCAAUAUAUUUUUGAUGCCAACGGGUAUUAUCAAGCUGGGUGACUUUGGCUUUUCCAAGCAGUAUACGGAUUCUGUUUCUCUAGACGUUGGCUCAUCUUUUUGUGGGACCCCGUACUAUCUUGCACCGGAACUUUGGGAGAGAAAAAGGUACAGCAAGAAGGCUGACAUGUGGUCACUUGGUGUUAUUCUGUAUGAGCUUUUGACGUUGCACCGUCCGUUCAAAGGUCCUUCCCAACGUGAAAUUAUGCAGCAAGUGCUGUAUGGUAACUAUGAUCCUUUUCCGUGUGGCGUAUCGGAUGGAAUGAAGGCGGUUAUGGAGCCUUUGCUUUCAAAGGAUCCUGCGUUACGCCCGACCACCACACAGUUAUUACACACAGAACUUAUGAAAUAUGUGGCCAAUAUAUUUGAAGAGAUUGUGAGAAACUCCGAGGUCAUUGAGAAGCACGACAAGGAGCGCAUCCUCAGGCAACUUGCAGAGUCACGGGCAAAAGCGCCCCCACCAAAUUCCAUUCAAGCUGGUGCUGUAAGUAACGACGUGGUGCGUGAGGGAUAUCUCCUUAAGUACAGUUCAGAUAUGAAGUGGAAAAAACGAUACUUUUCCAUUAAGAAUGGGCAACUUCGUAUUUCUCUCACGGACAACCCCGAAAAAGACGGUGUCUCCCCAAAGUCUGCCAGCCUGGAGACCGUUAAUGAUGUAUUCCCGGUGCCAGAGGCCUACUGCCGCUCCAACCCGCAUCAGCUGGUUAUUUGGUUUACCAAUGGUCAGAAGAUCAUUGCCAUGGCAAAGUCCGCAGAGGAGCGUGAUCAGUGGAUCUCUGACUUCCAAAGAGCAUGCGGUAUGUAA